GUCGGAUGUUUCCGACUCUACAAAUACAAAACACUGUCACUCGCAAAAUAAAUUAACUCACAGAACCAAAGGAAAAAACCCCAACCCCACCAUCCUUCAAUCUGCAGAAAAUUGCAGAGUCCAUCUGAUUUGCAGAUUUAAAAGGGGAAAAAACGCGAACCCUAAACCCUUCCUUCUUCCAAUUUAAAAGGGAAGGAAGGAUAAUUUCGUAGUAUAUAAAGCGGUUUUUUUUUUUUUUGUUGUUUUGAGGAAAAAAAAAAGAGACGAAAAAUAUGGACAUUGAGCAGAAGCAAGCGGAGUUCAUCGACUACUUUGUGAAGCAGGCGUCGAGUCUCAAGGGUUCCGCCCUUGCCAACGUCAUCAUCGAAGCGACGUCGCAUCCUUCGCUGUUCGCCUUCUCUGAGAUUCUCGACGUCCCUAAUGUGCUUGAGCUUCAGGGGACUGAGCAUUCUGUGUUUCUGGAAUUGCUUCGGAUGUUUGCUCAUGGAACAUGGAGUGAAUACAAGGGUAUUGCUGACAGGCUGCCACAAUUGGUACCGGAUCAAAUUCUCAAAUUGAAACAGCUCACUGUCCUUACUCUAGCUGAAACAAACAAGGUGCUGCCCUAUGAGGUCCUUAUGCAGGAGUUGGAUGUUUCUAAUGUUCGUGAACUGGAAGAUUUUCUUAUCAAUGAGUGCAUGUAUGUGGGUAUUGUCAGGGGAAAGUUGGAUCAGCUGCGAAGAUUUUUUGAGGUGCAAUUUGCUGCAGGCAGAGAUCUUCGACCUGGCCAACUAGGAAAUAUGAUAAACACAUUAACAAAUUGGUUGGCUACGUCGGACAAUCUUCUCGUCUCGAUUCAGGAGAAGAUAAAAUGGGCUGAUUCCAUGAGCGAGUUUGACAAGAAGCAUAGCAAAGAAGUUGAAGAAAAAGUUGAAGAAGCAAAGAAGUCACUAUCAGUGAAGGUCAGUAAAUUGCCAUUAAGGUUUUCAAGUUUUCUUUAUUAUUCUUUAUGGGUUCAGCAUGCUUCUCCCUUGUAUAUAUGUGGAGAAAAAACUAGUUUAAACUAUCUUUGACUGUUGCUGCUUUGCAUGUGGGGAAGUCAUUAUAAGAGGGUGGAUCUUUUUGGUUUUCUCCUCCCCUAGUUGCCUCUGCUACACAACUAAUCUUCUGUUCGAUAAUAGUUUGUGGCUAAAAGAUGUUUUUGUAAUUUUAAAUAAUAUAUGUUAAUUUUUUAUAACCAACCAAGUAUUCUUGAUCUUAUUGAGCGCCUUGUGGCAUGAAAUUAACUGCUGAUUGCUGCAAUCAUCAUCAUUAAGGACUGACAUCUGGGAUUGAUCAUAUUCCUGUAAUUUAAGCAGUAUGUGUGUGUAAUCUAUAUAUUUUUUUAUGGAUGGUGUUGGUCGACGUCUUACUUACAAUGUGGCAGAAGUUACAAACUGUGAGCAGGCCGAGCUUGACCUCCGAGGGCAUGAGGAGAUCUACUCUGAAUCUGGUGGAGUGAUGGACUACGAGGAAGAUAGAGGCAGGCCAAAGAGGUAAUCUUGGGGCAAUAUUUGGCUUUGAGCAUUUGUGUAAGAUUGAUUCUCUCGCGCUCUGUUUGGGGCGUUUAUAGAUAGUUGCGCCAAUUCAAUGAGUCCACUACACUCUAUAUCGUGGUUUGAAACAGCAGGCUGAUGAGCCUGAAAAUUAGCCUGACUUCUAUUCUCUAACGGGGAAAUUGAAUUUAUAAAAUAGAUUGUAUUGUCUUUAAGCAUUGAGUGACCGACUGUUGUUCUGUAUUAUCUUUGAGUGAUCAACUGUUGAUCAGUAGUUGAUAAAAUUUGUAAUGUCUGAAUUCUUGAAAUGGUGCAGAAGAAGACAUCCUAUUGGUUGAGAUAGAAGAAUUGAUCCCCCGCGGAUGGUGUGAAGACUCUGUGCAUGACUGACAAAGAUAACUCCUUGUGCCAUUUUGAGUAGAGUGCAGCCCUUUUUCGAGUUGUAUUUUCUAGUCAUUUUGGACAGAUAGCAUAGGUGGCAUUUGAUGUUAUGUUCAUGUUCAUUUUGGGUUUGCGAUGUAGCGGGGUGGCGUGAGUCCCUCUUAUACAAUUGUGCAAGUUGGCUGCGACAUCGGUGGAUUAGAUUGUCCAUGAUCUGAGAGAGUAGUAGUUUUCAUAUUAAAGGGAAAAUAUUGAUGCAUUGUUUUUCUUCUUUUCUCAUAGAAGUUUAUCCUCUUUACUUUGUCGCCAAUCCAAAAAUGUUGGCGUUUUGGGAAAACUGUCAAAAUCGAGGGAAAACCCUAUGCAACACAUCAAAAAGCUUUUUGUUUUCUUUUAGCCCAAUCGCGGGCUAAAGUCAAUCUACUGACACUGGUAGAUAUACAGAUUGAGAG